UGAAGAAAAACUCUCAAAAAUGGCUGACGCAAGUGUAGAUCCAGAAGUUAUUAAAUUUAGGGCCGAAAGAACGGCCAAAUUGAGGCACCAGUUCCUGAAAGAAAUGAACAAUCCGCAUCGCCAUGCAGAAGGCGGUAGCCUUUUCGAUCCUGCCAUUCAAAGGUAUAUGUCCAAGAAAGUAACAUACUGGGACAACUUUAAGCCAAAUUUUAAAUCAGCUAGAGCAUUUAUGCUUUACACUGUAAUUCCUAUUGCAGCCUUUGCUUACUUUUUAGACAAAGAUAGAUCCGCAAAAGAACACAUGUACAGAACAGGACAAGUAGCUUAUGCUGACCGAAGAUUCAAAUAUCAAUAAAUGAUAUUUGGAUUUCUUAUGUACAUAGUGCUUUAAUUAUAUGAAAUAAAAUAG